AUGGCCGAGCCCGGGCCGGAGCCCGAGCCGGGGCGCGCCUGGCGGGUGUUCGCCCUGUGCGGGGCCGCAGUAUUCCUGGCAGCGGUUGCUGCCGGAGCAGCCCUUCUGGCCUGGAAUCUGGCCUCCUCGGCCUCCCGGAGGCCCCGCUGCCCAGAGCCGGCCGCCAACACCACGGCGCCGCCUGGAGACCCCGGACCCGAAGUCGAGGAACUUCGGCGCCGACUGGCAGAGGCUGCCCGGCUCGAGGAGGCCCUGACGAAGCGGCUGAAGCAGGCCGAGCGCGUCCGCCGGGAGCUGGAGGAGGCCCUCAGGGCCUGUGAGGGCCGCCAGAGUCGGCUUCAGACCCAACUGAUGACAGUGAAGACUGAGAUGGAAGAAGCCAAAGCACAGGGGACCCAGAUGGGGGCUGAGAACGGGGCGCUCACAGAAGCCCUGGCGCGCUGGGAGGCGGCGGCCGCUAAAUCUGCGCAGCAACUGGACGAGGCGCAGCGGCGCGCACGUACGGCCGAGGCGGAGGGCGAAGCCUGCGCAGGCCGGGAGGCGGCGCUGCGCGAGCACAUUAAAGCCCUGGAAGCUCAGACGAGCCCCCAGCGCAGAGUUUCACACCCCCGGACCCGCGCCGGGUCCCGACCCCGGCCCAGCCCCCGCUCGCGCUCUCGCCCAGGAACUUCCGGGGGCUGCAGGCGACCUACGCGGCGCGCACGAGGGUGA